UAAGCAUUGAUUAUUGAUUUUGCUGUGUAAGAUUUAUAGUAAAAUAUUUUUAGACUUUUUAGAUUUUAAUUAUUUUCUAGAUUUCUUGACUUCUAGAUUCUUUGAUUUUAUGAUUUUCAAGACUUACCGUCGCAAAUUGCUAGAUGGGUGGUGUAUAUUAUUAAAUCGAAUAUAAGCAAAUGAAUAUAAACAGAAUGUGGGUUGCUUGUGGUUGUUUGUGUCUCGAAGGGUUAAUGGAUUAUUGUGUAUGCUUAAGUGCUUCUGGGAUAAAGCAGUUAAAAUAAAGCUAGACAAAAACUGUAGUUAACUCUAAAGGCCUGCUCAUCAAGAGAGAGGUUAUUGACAUUUAAGUUUUUUUUGUAGAAUGAUUCUUAACUAACAUAGCUGUGCAUCAAGUAGAGCAUAGAUGCAGUGUUACAUAGUAAAGCCUAAAUGCUCUUCUGAAAUAAAACAGUGCUGCUGCUCUAAUAAUAGCAGUUUUUGCAAUUCAUUUGCUUGAGUCUUUCUACCAGUCUCUCAAACUGGAUCAAUGCAAAUGUGCACACUCAUACUGCGUUCUAGGUUAGUAUAGUAGCACAAAAAGCUGUAGGGUUAAUAUGCUAAACUUCCACAUUAUUAAGGGAUGAGGUGAAUUUUGUUUGGCAAAUGUCAAUGCUAAUGAGAUGGGGUGAGUUUCCAUAAAGAUUCAUAGAAACAAUCUCUCCUAAAUUUCCUAGAAAUUAAGCUUCUCCUAAAACUCCCCAAAAAAUAAGUAACAGUCUAAUCUGUUUAUUAUUGUGGGUGCUCCUUGGUUGGGACUACGCUGGACUACAGUUCAGCAUUAAAAGCAACUUUUCAAUGUUUAAAGUUUUUAAUAUAGUAGGUUUUAUAGGUUACAUAAGGCUUUUUGCCUUCCUUCACUAUUUAAUUCCAUGUCACUAAUCGAUUUUAGUUUCUCAGCCAGUACGACAGUAUUGUUCAAAUAUUGUUCUUUUUAAAUGCAGUAUUAAAACAACAAAAUGCUGUAUUUAUAUAUAAUUGAGUGGAAUUUGUGGUUUAAGUUUCUGCUGGUCCAUUUGCCAAGAUAGAUUUUUCUGGAAACUCAGCCCAAUCACAUACAUAAAACCACUUGCUGUUAAAUUCAAUACUUUUAGUCUGUUCAAAUACUUUUAGCUGUAAAAUACUGAUGAGGCCAAAUUAGUUUGCAUGUAGUUAAUCCCAGACAGGGACAUCCUCUAUAUAUAAGUGUUGUGUAAAUAUAUUUCUAUUUUAAUUCUAAAAUAGAGAUAUAUAUAUAUAUCUAUAUAUCUUAAAGAAUCUGUGUACCAAGAUUCCACGGGCCCAUACUAACUGUCCUUAAUUUCUCUCCUACAGCAGUACUGCUUUGCCAGUCCUGUCUGCACUCUCUUAAGGGUGCAGCACCUCAUCCUGUGUAGGUUAUGGUGAACAAAGAGAAGCGAGUUAAUCGGAUAUAGCAGACAUUUGUGGGGUGGGAUUGGAUGGAAUGGGAAGGGAACUGGGGGCACCAUGAUCUCAGCAAUUAAGUUCUGAUACAGUAGCCAUACAACUUUCCUCAACUUCAUCCCUCCCAGCCAUUUUUAUGUUGACAUUUCAGUUUUUUUGAUCAGUUCAUCCUGUAGAUUGAAUUGCUUUUCUUAAAGAUGUAAGGCUCCAGCUAUUACAGCUAUUACAGUUUUAUUGCAUACUUUGUUAUUCCCUUCAAGGGUACACAGUGUCACAGCGUCUAUGUCUGAGACACAGCAAUCUAGACUUUCACUUCAUAAGUAUUUAUUCUGUAAUCUUGAUUAGAUCUGUAGUCCUAUUUUAUAAGGUUUCAAUACACUUGAAGCAUUUUUGAGUGACGUGAGUGAACAUUACAGGUGGUAUGCUGUUGUGUGUGAGUUCAAACCCUUUUCCAAAGUGUUACUAAUGGUAAAGAGAAAUUUUCUAGGCUUCUUUUCUGCCGGUUGAAGUCUGACUGCAGAAGGACCCUUGGCACUGAAAGUGGGGCAAAACGCCAGAUCCCAAGAUGCAGGUCCGGACGUAUAUGGACGUGAUGAAGGAGCAACAACUGGGCAAAGAAGAGAGAGAAAUCAGGCUGCAGAUGGCAGAAAAGGCCAAAUCAGGGGACCUGAAAGCAGUUAAUGGCUCUGCGGCGUCUCAGGCUGCUGCCACCAAACGCAAGCGUCGUUGGGACCAGACUGCUGACCAGACCCCAAGUGCUACACCAAAAAAAGUGUCCAGCUGGGAUCAGGCAGAUUCUGCAGCAGAAACUCCAGGACACACACCUGGGCACACACCUUCCAACAGCCGCUGGGAUGAAACUCCCGGUCGCCCUAAAGGAAGCGAGACUCCAGGAGCAACACCGAGCUCCCGUAUGUGGGACCCCACCCCCAGCCACACCCCUGCUGGAGCUGCCACACCUGGUCGAGGUGACACCCCCGGGCAUGCUACACCUGGCCACGGAGGAGCCACGUCCAGUGUGCGCAAGAACCGCUGGGAUGAAACACCAAAAACAGAAAGAGAGACCCCUGGCCAUGGCAGUGGCUGGGCUGAGACCCCUCGCACUGACAGGGGAGAUGAAUCGGUGGGUGAGACUCCAACCCCUGGAGCAAGCAAAAGAAAGUCAAGAUGGGACGAGACUCCUGCCAGUCAGAUGGGCUCCUCUACUCCUCUGCUCACUCCUGGAAAGACCCCUAUCGGCACACCUGCGAUGAAUAUGGCCACACCUACUCCAGGUCAUCUGAUGAGUAUGACUCCUGAGCAGCUUCAGGCAUGGCGCUGGGAGAGGGAGAUUGAUGAGAGGAACCGUCCACUGACUGACGAGGAGCUGGACGCCAUGUUUCCUGAAGGCUACAAGGUGUUGCCUCCACCAGCAGGCUAUGUACCAAUCCGCACCCCUGCCCGUAAGUUAACGGCUACACCAACACCAAUCGGGGGCAUGACUGGCUUCCAUAUGCAGACCGAGGACCGAACCACGAAACAGAUGAACGACCAGCCGUCUGGCAACCUUCCGUUCCUGAAGCCAGAUGACAUCCAGUACUUUGACAAACUUCUGGUGGAGGUGGAUGAGUCGACUCUAAGCCCAGAAGAGCAGAAAGAGCGCAAGAUCAUGAAGCUGCUCCUGAAGAUCAAAAACGGCACCCCUCCAAUGAGAAAGGCUGCUCUCAGACAAAUCACAGACAAAGCCAGGGAAUUCGGAGCUGGGCCACUCUUUAAUCAGAUCCUACCUCUGCUCAUGUCUCCUACACUCGAAGACCAGGAGCGCCAUCUGUUGGUGAAGGUUAUCGACCGCAUCCUCUACAAACUGGACGACUUGGUUCGUCCCUAUGUCCACAAGAUUCUUGUGGUGAUCGAGCCCUUGCUGAUUGAUGAGGAUUAUUAUGCUAGAGUGGAGGGCAGAGAGAUUAUUUCCAACUUGGCAAAGGCUGCUGGUCUGGCCACGAUGAUCUCCACAAUGAGGCCUGAUAUCGACAACAUGGACGAGUACGUGAGAAACACGACAGCUCGUGCCUUUGCUGUCGUAGCUUCUGCUUUGGGCAUUCCUUCACUCUUGCCUUUCCUAAAGGCUGUGUGCAAAAGCAAGAAGUCCUGGCAGGCUCGGCACACAGGCAUCAAGAUUGUGCAGCAGAUCGCUAUUCUCAUGGGCUGCGCCAUCCUGCCCCAUCUCCGCAGCUUGGUGGAGAUUAUUGAACAUGGUCUUGUGGAUGAACAGCAGAAGGUGCGAACCAUCAGUGCUUUGGCUAUUGCUGCUCUUGCAGAGGCUGCCACGCCCUACGGUAUCGAGUCUUUUGACUCUGUGCUAAAGCCCCUUUGGAAGGGUAUCCGACAACACAGAGGAAAGGGUCUGGCUGCCUUCUUAAAAGCUAUUGGAUACUUGAUUCCACUUAUGGAUGCUGAGUAUGCCAACUACUACACAAGGGAAGUGAUGCUUAUCCUCAUCAGAGAGUUCCAGUCUCCAGAUGAGGAAAUGAAGAAGAUUGUGCUGAAGGUGGUGAAGCAGUGUUGUGGCACAGAUGGUGUGGAGGCCAACUACAUCAAAACCGAGAUCCUGCCCCCUUUCUUUAAGCACUUCUGGCAGCACCGUAUGGCCUUGGACAGACGCAAUUACAGACAGUUGGUGGACACUACAGUAGAGCUGGCUAACAAAGUCGGAGCAGCGGAAAUCAUUUCGCGCAUCGUGGACGACUUGAAGGAUGAAGCUGAGCAGUACAGAAAGAUGGUGAUGGAGACCAUUGAGAAAAUCAUGGGCAAUCUGGGUGCAGCAGACAUUGACCACAAACUGGAGGAGCAGCUUAUUGAUGGCAUCUUGUACGCCUUCCAGGAACAGACCACGGAGGACUCUGUGAUGCUGAAUGGUUUUGGCACAGUGGUGAAUGCUCUGGGCAAGCGAGUGAAGCCUUACCUGCCUCAGAUCUGCGGUACAGUUCUGUGGCGUCUCAAUAACAAGUCUGCUAAAGUCCGUCAGCAGGCUGCUGACCUCAUCUCCCGCACAGCCGUAGUUAUGAAGACCUGUCAGGAGGAAAAACUGAUGGGGCAUUUGGGCGUUGUACUGUACGAGUAUUUGGGAGAAGAAUACCCGGAAGUGCUCGGAAGCAUCCUCGGAGCCCUUAAAGCUAUUGUUAACGUGAUCGGUAUGCACAAAAUGACGCCGCCAAUCAAAGACCUGCUUCCUCGGUUAACGCCAAUCCUAAAGAACAGGCACGAGAAAGUACAGGAGAACUGUAUUGAUCUUGUGGGCAGAAUUGCUGACAGGGGUGCAGAGUAUGUGUCUGCCAGGGAGUGGAUGCGAAUCUGUUUUGAGCUGCUAGAGUUGCUAAAAGCUCAUAAGAAGGCCAUCCGGAGAGCCACUGUAAACACUUUUGGCUAUAUUGCGAAGGCAAUUGGGCCUCACGAUGUGCUUGCUACACUACUCAACAACUUAAAAGUGCAGGAACGGCAGAACCGUGUGUGUACAACAGUCGCCAUUGCCAUUGUGGCAGAGACGUGUUCACCGUUCACGGUUCUUCCGGCACUGAUGAAUGAAUACCGUGUCCCAGAGCUCAACGUUCAGAACGGUGUUCUCAAGUCCCUCUCCUUCUUAUUUGAAUAUAUUGGUGAAAUGGGAAAGGACUAUAUCUAUGCCGUCACGCCGUUAUUGGAGGAUGCACUGAUGGACAGAGACCUUGUGCAUAGGCAGACGGCGAGCGCUGUAGUGCAGCACAUGUCCCUGGGUGUGUAUGGAUUUGGCUGUGAGGACUCUCUGAACCACUUACUCAACUACGUUUGGCCUAACGUCUUUGAGACGUCGCCUCACGUUAUUCAGGCUGUGAUGGGAGCUCUGGAGGGUCUCCGCGUGGCUAUCGGGCCGUGCCGUAUGCUGCAGUACUGCUUACAGGGUUUGUUCCAUCCUGCGCGGAAGGUACGUGAUGUCUACUGGAAGAUCUAUAAUUCCAUCUACAUCGGCUCCCAGGAUGCGUUGAUUGCACAUUAUCCCCUCGUCUACAACGAUGAGAAGAAUCCCUUCGUCCGCUAUGAGCUGGAGUACUUCUUAUAAAUACCUGUACACACCUUUUUCAUGUACACUCUUUCGUUUCCCUGCAUCUUUGUCUCCCAUAAGCCAUGAUUUGUAGAAAUAAGUCAGACUAUUUUUAGUUCUGUUGCUUUGCAGCUACAUUCAUCACACAUGCUGAGGUCAGAAUAAUUUUUAAUAAACAACUGAAAGUGGGAAAAGCGUGAAACGUAUAAGAACUUUAUUAUUUUGGUUUUUAAAAAACACCUAACUAUUGGCAGUGAAACGUAGUGGCACAUUCACUAAAAUGUGAAGCCUUUAGCAGGAAUGUCUGGACAAAUUGUAAAGUUGUGAUUUUCCUGUAGCGAUCUGUCCUGCUUCUUUUCAUCAUCCCUCAUCUGUUCUUAUUUGGAUGUUGCUUACUUUGGCUGAAUAAACAUUUGUGUAUUAAAAGUCAA